AUGCAGCUCCCAGCCGAUAGCGUUCCCCUGUGGGAAGGUGUCCCCGAGGUCGUGGCCAAAGGUUCAGCUUGGGACAUUGGCUUUCAGCAUGGAAGCUCAAUACCGAACCGCAUAGCUGUCUGCAUCGAGAAUUACAAGAAGCUGUUCCUGGAGACCGCCGAGGCAGAUUGGACCGAGUCAAAGGCCAGAGCCGAGUCUUACCUGCCGGCCCUGGAGCAAAACGAACCCGACCUGGUGGAGGAGAUGAGAGGCAUCGCCGCGGGGUCAAAGCGCGACUUCUUGGAUAUCCUGGCCCUCAACCUCCGAAGCGAGAUCUCCCUCACGAAUUAUUCCGACGGAUGCACGUCCAUCGUGUCCACGGGGGCCACGGACGGCGAGGUGUACAUUGCCCAAAACUGGGACUGGGUCGGAGAAGCGGGCAAGUCCACUUGCUUCUUUGACAUCCACAAGACGGGCAAGCCGCGCAUCCGCAUCAUGGGCGAGGCCGGCAUUGUCUGCAAGUUUGGCUUCAACGACGCCGGUGUCGGUAUCUGCAUGAAUGCCAUCCGGUCCGGAACCGUGAGCAAGACGCAGCUCCCCGUGCACUUGGCCAUGAGGCGCGUUCUCGAAUGCAGGUCGUUUGACGAGGCGUUCGAGAUGCUCACCAAGAAGGGCCUCGCCUCGUGUGUCAACCUCAUGAUCGCCGACAAGAGCGGCAAGCUUGCCACGAUAGAGUGCACGCCGAAAGGCCUUGCGCCGAUAUACCCUGCGCCGGGAUGCACGGCCACAUACCACACGAACCACCUGUGGUCUCCCAAUGUCCCCAUAGGCAUCAAGGACCACCCAUCGCAGAACUCUUUCUCGAGGCUCGAGAGGAUCAAGGAGCUGAGCGACGGACAAGCUGUCAGUGUCGACAGCAUCCGCACAUGGCUGUCCGACGAGAAGGGAACUCCCGUGUCGAUAUGCAGAUCGACGCCGCCGGGGACGAAGGGCAUCGAAAGGAUGGAGACACUGUCUACGGUGAUCAUGGAUUUGAAGAAUCUCCGUGCAGAGGUGUCGUUUGGGAAGCCGUCCUUGUCACCUCCAGUGCGUGUGAUAGCGAUGGAGUAA